AUGGGGAACCAGGAUGGGAAGCUGAAGAGGAGCGCAGGUGAUGCCCUGCACGAAGGCGGCGGCGCCGAGGAUGCUCUGGGGCCCAGGGAUGUGGAAGCCACAAAGAAGGGGAGCGGGGGCAAGAAGGCGCUGGGCAAGCUCGGCAAGGGGACAGGGGGCGGCGGCGGCGGGGAGCCCGGCAAGAAGAAGAGCAAGUCGGACUCCAGAGCCUCCGUGUUUUCCAACCUGCGGAUCAGGAAGAACCUGUCCAAGGGGAAGGGCGCUGGGGGGUCCCGCGAGGAUGUGCUGGACGCCCAGGCCCUGCAGACCGGGGAGCUGGACAGCGCUCACUCCCUGCUCGCCAAGACCCCGGACCUCAGCCUCUCGGCGGACGAGACGGGCCUGUCGGAUACCGAGUGUGCGGACCCUUUUGAGGUGACCCGGGCGGGGGGUCCUGGGCCUGCCGAGGCUGGGGUCGGCGGCCGGGCGAUCGCCGGGGAUUUGGAAAGUGCAGCGGGGGCGCAGGAUGGACAAAGGACCAGUUCGGGUUCGGACACGGACAUCUACAGCUUUCACUCUGCCACGGAGCAGGAGGAUUUGCUCUCAGACAUCCAGCAGGCGAUCCGCCUGCAGCAGCAGCAGCAGCAGCUGCUCCUCCUGGGCUCCGAGGAGCCUGCAGCGCCCCCCACCGCCACCUCCCCUCAGCCCGGGGCCUUCCUGGGCCUGGACCGGUUCCUGCGGGGCCCGAGCGGCGGGGCAGCGGAAGCCCCGGGCAGCGUGGACCCAGAGCAGGCGCUGUCCGCGCUCUCCGAUCUGCCCGAGAGCCGGGUCGCCGAGCCCCCGGUGCCAGAGCGGCCGCGAUCCCCGGGCGGCCUCCUGCCCUGCGAGGCGCCCGGCCUCCCGGGGGCCCAGCCGGCGGCCGAAGACUCGCCCUCGUCCACGGCCUUCGCGUUUCCCGAGGCCGGGCCGGGGCCGAGCGCGGCCGGAGCUCCCGCGCCAAGGGCUGGGGACACGGAUGAGGAGGGCGAGGAGGAUGCUUUCGAGGAUGCCCCCAGGGGCUCUCCGGGGGAGGAGUGGGGCCCGGAGGUGGGAGGGGAGGCCCCGCAGAGGCUGCAGGGGGGCGAGCCGGAGGAGGGGGCGCCGGGGCCCGGCACCCCCACUGCCGCCUCCCUGCCCGGCAGCCCCGCGCCCAGCCCGCGCUGUUUCAAGCCCUACCCGCUCAUCACCCCCUGCUACAUCAAGACCACCACUCGGCAGCUCAGCUCGCCCAAUCACUCCCCGUCCCAGUCCCCCAGCCAGAGCCCCAGGGUCAAGAGGCGGCUGGAGUCCUCCCUGAGUCGGGGACCCAGAACCGCCCUGGCCGCCGCAGCCGCCUCCCCGGGCCUCGCGGGCGGCCUGAGCCGCUCUGCGGACUGGACGGAGGAGCUGGGCGCUUCCCCGCCGCGGCCGGGCGGCUCCGCGCACCUGCUGCCGUGCCGAGGGGCCGGGGAAGGCAGCGGCGGUGGGGUGUCCCCCGCACCGGCCGCCACCAAGGCGUCCGGGGCGCCCGCGGCCGCAGAUGGUUUCCAGAACGUGUUCACAGGGCGAACGCUGCUGGAGAAGCUGUUCAGCCAGCAGGAGAACGGGCCGCCGGAAGAAGCAGAGAAGUUUUGCUCGCGGAUCAUUGCCAUGGGGCUGCUGCUGCCCUUUAGCGACUGCUUCAGGGAACCGUGUCAUCAGAAUGCCCAGUCGAGCUCAGCUCCGUUCGACCAAGAUCAACUUUACACCUGGGCCGCAGUUAGUCAACCCACACACUCGCUGGAUUACUCGGAAGGGCAGUUUCCCCGGCGGGUUCCGUCUGUGUGGACGCCAUCAAAACCUCCCGAAGAAGAACACAGACCUAUGGAAACGGAAUCUCAAUCUGCUAUUUUGGAAACUCCAAAAAAAGGUUCAGAUGCCAUCCAGCAGGAAGUUUCUGACAUGAAGAAUGAGGGGCAGGCGACAGUAAUUCAGCAGCUGGAGCAGACCAUCGAGGACCUGAGGACCAAAAUAGCGGAACUAGAGAAGCAGUACCCUGCCGUGGACACGGAGGUGGCCGGUGGCCAGCGAGGCCUUGAGGACGGAGUGGCACCUCCGGAAGAUGUCUGUUUGGAAGCGCUCAGGUUAGGAGAAAAUGGUGUUCGGCAUCAGAGGAUCUUGCAGGCGAAGUCGAUACAGACCUCCCCGACGGAGGAGGGCGGGAUACCGAGGCCGCCGUCGGGGACAGCCCCGUGCCCACCGGCGACAGACAGCGGAGCGGCGGCCCUUCCCUCCUCGCCGUCGGGGCCUCAGGCGAAGUUCUGCUCGGAGAUCUCUCUGAUCGUGUCUCCACGGAGAAUAUCCGUCCAGCUCGACGCCCAGCAGUCCGUACCGGGCAUGUCGCAGCCUCCACCGCCUCCACCCCUUCCGUCGUCUGAUGGCCAAGGACAGCCUGGGGCACGGCCGUCCCCUCCGCCUCUCUGUACUGAGUUGGAGACCAGCCAUGAACACUCUGGUUUCUCCUCCCUGGGAAACAGCUAUGACAUCCCGUCCCCACCACCGCUGCCUUGCACAGAGUCCCCCAGCUCCAGGCCCGGCCCGGGCGUGGUGACACCCCCGUCUGCCCCUCCCCCUGGCGUGACAGUGCCUGCGCUACCCGGUGCAGCCAUCCCCCCACCUCCCCCUCUGCCGGGUACAGACAUGCUGCCACCCCCUCCUCCCCCACUCCCCGGAGUGGGGAUACCCCCUCCUCCCCCACUCCCUGGAGUGGGGAUACCCCCUCCUCCCCCUCUCCCCGGAGUGGGGAUACCCCCUCCUCCCCCUCUCCCUGGAGUGGGGAUACCCCCUCCUCCCCCUCUCCCCGGAGUGGGGAUACCCCCACCUCCCCCUCUACCAGGAGUGGGAAUACCCCCUGCCCCACCUCUUCCCGGUACAGGAAUACCCCCUCCCCCUCCUCUUCCCAGUGUGGGGAUACCCCCUCCUCCCCCUCUAUCCGGAGUGGGAAUACCCCCUGCCCCACCUCUUCCUGGAGUGGGAAUACCCCCUGCUCCACCUCUUCCUGGAGUGGGAAUACCCCCUGCUCCCCCUCUUCCUGGAGUGGGAAUACCCCCUGCUCCCCCUCUUCCUGGAGUGGGAAUACCCCCUGCUCCCCCUCUUCCUGGAGUAGGAAUACCCCCUGCCCCACCUCUUCCUGGAGUGGGAAUACCUCCUGCCCCUCCUCUACCAGGAAUGGGAAUACCCCCUCCCCCUCCUCUACCUGGAGUGGGAAUACCCCCUGCCCCUCCUCCUCCCGGUGUGGGAAUACCCCCUCCUCCUCCUCUUCCUGGUACGGGAAUACCCCCUCCUCCUCCUCUUCCUGGAGUGGGAAUACCUCCUCCUCCCCCUCUGCCUGGAGUGGGAAUACCUCCUCCCCCUCCUCUACCUGGAGUGGGAAUACCUCCUCCCCCUCCUCUGCCAGGUAUGGGGAUUCCACCUGCUCCAGGUCCCCCUCUCCCACCACCUGGGACAGGAAUCCCCCCACCACCGCCACCCCCUCUGCUUCCGGGAUCGGGUCCUCCACUCCCCCCCCAAGUCAGCAGUAGCACUUUAUCAGCACCACAGGUGUGUGGAUUUCUUCCUCCUCCAUUGCCAUCUGGAUUGUUUGGACUAGGGAUGAGUCAGGACAAAGGGAGUAGGAAGCAGCCAGUAGAGCCUUGUCGCCCAAUGAAGCCUCUUUAUUGGACAAGAAUCCAACUGCACAGUAGAAGAGACUCCAGUGCUUCACUUAUUUGGGAAAAAAUUGAAGAGCCAUCCAUAGAUUGUCAUGAAUUUGAGGAAUUAUUUUCUAAAACUGCUGUAAAGGAGAGAAAGAAACCUAUUUCUGACACUAUCUCAAAAACAAAGGCUAAACAAGUUGUCAAGUUAUUAAGCAACAAAAGAUCACAAGCAGUUGGAAUAUUAAUGUCUAGUCUUCAUUUAGACAUGAAAGACAUACAACAUGCUGUUGUGAACUUGGACAAUUCAGUGGUUGACCUGGAGACCCUUCAAGCUCUCUAUGAGAACAGAGCACAGUCAGAUGAACUGGAAAAAAUUGAAAAGCAUGGCCGGUCUUCCAAAGACAAGAAAAAUCCCAAGUCUCUGGACAAACCUGAACAGUUCCUGUAUGAGCUGUCGCUGAUCCCCAACUUUUCAGAGCGAGUCUUUUGCAUCCUGUUCCAAUCCACGUUUUCUGAAAGCAUUUGCUCCAUUCGUCGCAAACUGGAAUUACUGCAGAAGUUGUGUGAGACAUUAAAAAAUGGCCCAGGGGUUAUGCAGGUUCUGGGUUUGGUUCUAGCUUUUGGCAACUACAUGAAUAGUGGAAAUAACACUCGGGGACAGGCAGAUGGCUUUGGAUUAGACAUUCUUCCGAAGCUGAAAGAUGUCAAAAGCAGUGACAAUAGCAGAAGCCUUUUGUCUUACAUUGUUUCAUAUUAUCUUCGAAAUUUUGAUGAGGAUGCUGGGAAAGAGCAGUGUGUCUUUCCACUGCCAGAACCGCAGGACCUUUUCCAGGCCUCGCACAUGAAGUUUGAAGAUUUUCAAAAAGAUCUCAGAAAACUGAAGAAAGACUUGAAAGCCUGUGAAGUUGAAGCAGAGAAAGUGUACCAGGUCUCCUCAAAAGAGCACAUGCAGCCUUUCAAAGAAAACAUGGAACAAUUUAUUAUUCAAGCUAAAAUUGACCAAGAGGCAGAGGAGAAUUCAUUGGCAGAGACACAUAAAUGCUUUUUGGAGACUGUAGCCUAUUUCUUCAUGAAACCAAAACUUGGAGAGAAGGAGGUGUCCCCAAAUGUUUUCUUCAGUAUCUGGCAUGAAUUCAGCUCUGAUUUUAAAGACUUCUGGAAGAAAGAGAACAAACUUAUUCUACAAGAGCGAGUAAAAGAAGCCGAAGAGGUGUGUAGGCAGAAAAAGGGGAAAUCACUUUAUAAGAUAAAACCAAGACAUGACUCUGGAAUUAAAGCAAAGAUAAGCAUGAAAACCUGAACAAUGAAAAGCAGAGUGAAAAUGAGUCAUUGCAACGACUUUCACACAAUUCAGCUGACCCUGAGGGUGGGAAGAAAACUACAGCAAUUCUGAUCAUUUUUCUUCUUGGCCUCUUGCAUAAUCUUUGUGUUUUCUAGACAGUUCACUAAUUGUUGAAGUUUACUGUAUAUUCGUAUAAAAAUACAAAAACACUAGACCAGUGGAGAAUUUGACACCUUUUCUUUUUGUAAAAGUUUAUGGUAUUAUGGCGAUAGACCAAAACAGCAUGUAUAAGAGGCAGUAUCUGCACUAAUUCUGAACAUGCUAUAAACAUUAACCUAAAAUUUACUUUUGUGAGAAUAUUCCUUGUCAUGAUAAAGACAUUUUCCUUUCUACUGACAACCAGUACUCCACGUCACUGCAUUUAGAUACAUGGGUAAAAUGUUACUUCUAGUGAAUUGUUUCAAUUUCACAUCUACAUAUAAAUUUUCUAUUUCAAUUUAAGUACCAUUUAUAUAUCAUAAUCAGUUCUUUCCCAACUCUUGGGUUGCUCUCCAUAACUAUAUAUUUGUGAAAGAAGAUUAUCAUUUUCACAAGUCAGGUAAUGAAUAGAAAAAAAAAUACAGCAAAAGAACUCUUUCCUAUAAAUUAUUUAAUAUAGGCAGAAAUCAGAGUUUUAAGUGCAAAGAAACAGUAGUGGUUUUUCCCUGGUGUUGUUUUAUAGUCUUCCUACCCCCCUUCAGUGCUUCCAAUGUGUAUAUUACCAUUCUUCAAUGAAAUAAUAGGGCAUUUAACAAAGAUCGCUAUGUGCAAUACUGUUUUUAGUGUUUCUAUUUCAAUUUUUUUAGGAUGUUAAUUUUUAUGAAAAUAAAAUGAGUUAAUAAAAAAUAGUUAAUA